AUUGGUAUAUAUCCAUCACAAACCAUCAUCAUCAACAAUCAAAACAGUUAUAUAUCAUCGUAUCAUAUAAUAUAUGUCUUCUAAUACGAGCUACUACCGAUCGCCGUUCGGAGACACCACCUUCACAAAAGUUUUCGUCGGAGGCUUAGCAUGGGAGACUCCUACCGAGGAAAUGCGUCGUUACUUUGAGCAGUUCGGUGAGAUUCUCGAAGCAGUUAUCAUCACCGAUAAGAUCACCGGAAAAUCUAAAGGCUACGGUUUCGUCACGUUUCGAGAGCCAGAGUCAGCGACGAGGGCAGUAGCCGAUCCAAAUCCUGUGAUCGAUGGAAGAAAGGCAAAUUGUAAUAUUGCGUCUUUUGGACAGCCCCAACCAUCGACGCCUCGAGGCUCGUAUACUCAUUUUAUAUCUUGAAUGUGUCAACCUUUAUCUCAUCGGUCUAUUUUAAAAAAAUCCACUUUGGCUGGAUUAUAUAAUCUAUGUUUAGUUUCCGAAAAUUAACAAAUAUUCAUGCGAUUGUAACAAUAUAAUAUUAUACUGUUUUCAGAAUAUGAUUUCAUCAU